CCAUAUUGAUGAGUUUGGCCUGAUGUGAACCAAACAGUUUGUUUAUUUAAUUUUUUGAAAUGUUUACAUUUUGAUUUUGGGCGAGGACUUGAAAAUAUAGAAAAAUGCAUUAAUGCAACAAUAUUUUGUUUAAUUUACAUUUUUUAACAAUAAGAAACACUAAAUAUUCCAUAAAAAAUGUCUGGAUUUAUAGCUGUUCACACAGGUGCUGGAAAUAUAGUUGAUGAAACUAAAUACCAACGCGUUAUAAAAGAAGCAUGUGUAAGAGCUACCGAUAUCUUAAAGAAUGGCGGAUCUGCAAUGGAUGCAUGUGAAGCAGCAAUUAUACGUUUGGAGAAUUGUGGUAAUACAAACGCAGGGCUUGGUUCGAACCUCUGCUGGGACGGAUAUGUGCAAUGUGAUGCAUCUAUAAUGAAUGGUUCCAAUUUGCACUUUGGUGCCUGUACAAAUGUUUCAACUGUGAAAAACCCCAUACAACUGGCACGAAUGUUGUGUGACGGUCAGGAUCGAAUGCUCUCUAUGGAACGUAUACCGCCAAUGGUUAUGGCUGGUCCUGGCGCAGAAAGAUAUGCCGAAGAAUUAGGUUGUGCCAUGAUAGAAGCCAGUGGUCUUAUAUCAUCGAAAGCUAAAUUUACGUAUAACCAUUACAAGUCAAAAGUGGGAAAUUUAACAAAGGCAUCUAGCACGAAGGUAGAGAAUUCAACACAUGAGUCAAAUCCUCAAGAGACAGAAGUGAGUGCAUUAGAUACUGUAGGAGCGGUAUGUGUUGACAGUAUUGGAAACUCAGCGGCUGGUUGUAGUUCAGGCGGUUUAAUUUUAAAAGUUCCUGGUCGUGUCGGUCAGGCAGCAACGUACGGAGCCGGCUGUUGGGCCACAGACACUGACGAUCUUUCCAUUGCCACUUGCACUACCGGCAAUGGCGAAUAUCUAAUGAAGACUUUCCUGGCCAAGGAAAUAUGUGCUGAUCUCUUUACUGCCGACUGUGCUGUAACUAGCCUGCAUAAAACAUUCAAAAGCAAAUUUCUGGAAUCUCCUUUUCUUCCGGCCGAUCAGGGUCUAUAUGGUGGAGCCCUGUCAUUGCUGUACUAUCCUAAAACAAACAGCGGGGAGGUGUUAUGGAGCCACACUACAAAAUCAUUUUGCGUGGGUUACAUGUCAACGCAACAGAAAACGCCAAAAUUUGUUUAUUCGCCAUUGCCAACAUACAGUCUGCCGGGAAAGUCGAGCGUUGUGAAUGGACACAAUUUCCAUCUGCGUGUAUAGUUUUGACGUAAUCGUGAGAAUCAUUAUUAAAUGUUUAAUGUGAAUACAAUGAUCAUGUAAACUACAAAAAA